AACAACAACAGCUGCCCCAACAACCACAACAACAGCUGCCCCAACAACCACAACAACUGCCCCAACAACAACCACAACAGCUGCAACAACAACAACAACAACAACAACAGCAGCCCCAACAACAACUACAACAGCUGCAACAACAACAACAACAACCACAACAGCAGCCCCAACAACAACAACCACAACAACUGCCCCAACAACAACAACAACAACUGCCCCAACAACAGCAACAACAACAGCACAACAGCUGCCCCCCAACAACAACAACAAACAACCAACAACAACAACCACAACAACAACCCAACAACAACCCACACAACAACAACCACAACAGCUGCCCCAACAACCAACAACUGCCACCAACAACAACAACAGCUGCCCCAACAACAACAACCCAACAACAACCACAACAACACAACAACAACUACAACUGCAACCCCAACAACAACCACAACAACUGCAAGUCCCAAC